AUGCCAUCAGAAAAGAAAUCUAGCGUGCUUACUAAUGAUAUUAAAGAUGAAACUACAUUACAAAAUCAACGAAAAGAGUAUAAAGAUUGUUUAUCAUGUCGUUUAAUCGGUGUAGCAACAUUUAUGGGAUUAGGUACUUAUACAUUAUAUCAUUCUUUUGUUCAUAAACCUAAAUUGAGCAGAGGAUAUAGAUUUGGAUUAACUCUCGUUGGAAUAGGAUUUAUGCAAGUCGGGGUUUUUCGACUUUUAAAUUAA